AUGAAGCUGUUCCUGGUCCUGGCACUUGCCCUGCUGGGGGCUGUGUCUGCUCGCCAGCUCCAUGCGGGCGCCCCGGAGCAGGAGGUACCAGCCGAGCAGGGCGAGGAGGAGCCCAGGGAGCCGGAGCCACCGUGCCCCACAGAGAGAGAGAGCUUCAGGGUGAUUGUGCCUGGCCAGGGGGGCUGCUUCGCUCGGUAUGUGGUUGUGAACAAUUGCCAGACAUUUUGGAAUGCCGAGAACGUGUGUGCCUGUUGCUACCGCGGCCGCCUGGCCUUCAUCCACAGAAGCUUGAUCAACCAGCGCCUGAGCUGCACGGCGUGUGCCCGCACCAACCGGAGCCAGGUGUGGAUCGGGGGCCUCACCUCCGAUGGGACAGCACUGAUCCUAACCCAGCCCCUUCCCUCACAGAACCACUGUCUGCACGCCCACUGGGUCGACCGCAGUUCCUGGAACUACUCCAACUGGGCCAGAGGGAACCCCUGCCGCACUGGGCAAACGUGUGUCGCCAUGCGCCCUGCAAGUGGUCAAUGGAGAAGUGUGAGUUGCGGGGCUAGAAUGCCCUUUAUCUGUGAGUACUGA